GAAGAGGAAGAGGAGGGAAAGAGAAGGAAGAAGAAAAAGAAGAAAUCCACUGUCUUCUCAGGAUUGUUUUCCCCCUUAUCUUUAAGCGCGAGUGUGCGCGUGGCGCGUGUGCGCCCCUCAUCCCUGCCAUCUGAACCCCGUCUUGGAUGUUUAAUAAAGAAAUCAAGUGUCUCACCAGUCACCAAAAAAACCAGCAAAAAGCAAAACCAAAAAAGAAAAAAAAAUCCAAAAGCAAAACAAAAAGAGAGGGGGAAAAAAACCAAACAAACAAACAAGGCAGAACCAACCUCCACUUGCAAGCAGCAGGCGCGAGCCGCAUAUCUGCCACCCAGAGAGGGGGUCUCCGGCCCCGCGCUGGAGCGCUGGCAGGGGGAUCGUCAGGGGGACAGAGGCCGAGUGACGUCCUAGGAGCCACAGAAAGACGAGCGAGACUGCGGCCCCCGCGCGCGGCUCGGGGCUGGGGCGCCAGAAGUGAGACUGGAGCUAAGUAGAGCGAUGCCAAGGAGGAAACAGCAGGCACCCAAGCGGGCGGCAGGGUAUGCCCAGGAGGAAGCACUGAAGGAAGAGGAGGAAAUCAAGGAGGAAGAGGAGGAGGAGGAAGAUAGUGGCUCUGUGGCUCAGCACCAGGGCAGCAAUGACACCGGGACAGAUGAGGAACUAGAAACCGGCCCAGAGCAGAAAGGCUACUUCAGCUGCCAGAACUCACCAGGGAGCCACCUGUCCAAUCAGGACGCAGAAAACGAAUCUCUCCUGAGCGAUGCCAGCGACCAGGUGUCAGACAUCAAAAGCAUCUGUGGCCGAGAUGCCUCGGACAAGAAAGCAAGCACUCACCCCAAGCUUCCAAGUGAACCCCAUAACUGCAUGGAUAAAAUGACAGCUGUCUAUGCCAAUAUCCUGUCAGAUUCCUACUGGUCUGGCCUGGGCCUCGGCUUCAAGUUAUCCAACAGCGAGAGACGGAAUUGCGACACCCGAAACGGUAGCAGCAAGAAUGAUUUUGAUUGGCACCAAGACGCCCUGUCCAAAAGCCUCCAGCAGAACUUACCUUCUAGGUCUGUCUCUAAGCCCAGCCUAUUCAGCUCUGUCCAGCUGUACCGGCAGACCAGUAAGCUGUGCAGCGGCUCCGUGUUCACCGGCGCCAGCAGGUUCCGCUGCAGGCAGUGCAGUGCAGCCUAUGACACUCUCGUGGAGCUGACUGUGCACAUGAAUGAGACAGGCCACUAUCAAGAUGACAACCGAAAAAAAGAUAAGCUCAGACCCACGAGCUACUCGAAGCCCCGGAAAAGGGCCUUCCAGGACAUGGACAAAGAGGACGCUCAAAAGGUUCUGAAAUGCAUGUUUUGUGGCGACUCCUUCGAUUCCCUGCAAGAUUUGAGUGUUCACAUGAUAAAGACAAAACAUUACCAAAAAGUGCCUUUGAAGGAGCCAGUACCAACCAUUUCCUCCAAGAUGGUCACACCAGCCAAGAAGCGUGUUUUCGAAGUCAAUAGGCCUUGCUCCCCCGACUCCACAACAGGGUCACUUGCAGAUGCUUUCUCUUCCCAGAAGAGUGCUAACCUGCAGCUGCCCUCCAACAGCCGCUACGGCUACCAAAAUGGAGCCAGCUACACCUGGCAGUUUGAGGCCUGCAAGUCCCAGAUCCUAAAGUGUAUGGAGUGUGGCAGCUCCCAUGAUACUUUGCAGCAACUCACCACCCACAUGAUGGUCACAGGCCACUUUCUCAAAGUCACUAGCUCUGCCUCCAAAAAAGGGAAGCAACUCGUGUUGGACCCGCUGGCUGUGGAGAAAAUGCAGUCACUGUCUGAGACCCCAACCAGUGAGUCUCUGGCCCCUAAGCCAUCAAGUAACUCGCCCUCCGAGUGCACAGCCUCGACCACAGAGUUAAAGAAAGAGAGCAAGAAGGAGAAGGGAGAGGUCAAUGAAGACGAACAGGGUGUGAAAAGCGAGGAAUAUGAAGACUCUCUACAGAAACCUCUCGACCCUACCAUAAAAUACCAGUAUCUAAGAGAGGAGGACUUGGAAGAUGGCUCGAAGGGCGGUGGGGACAUUUUAAAGUCGCUGGAAAAUACUGUAACCACAGCCAUCAACAAGGCCCAAAAUGGUGCUCCCAGCUGGAGUGCAUAUCCAAGUAUCCACGCAGCCUACCAGCUGUCAGAGGGCACCAAGCCACCCGUGGCAAUGGGCUCUCAGAUACUGCAAAUCCGACCCAACCUUGCCAACAAGCUGAGGCCCAUCGCACCCAAAUGGAAAGGCAUGCCACUCGGCCCUGUGCCCACAAGCCUGGCCCUGUAUACUCAAGUCAAGAAGGAGACAGAAGACAAAGAUGACGUCAUGAAGCAGUGUGGGAAGGAAAGUCCCCACGAAGAGGCAACUUCUUUCAGCCAGCCUGAGGGCGAGUCUUUCUCCAAAAUGGAACCACCUUCAGAAUCCAGAAAGACUGAGCUGUGUCCCCUGAAGGAGGAGGAGAAGCUACCGAAAGAGAAACCAGAGUCGCUAGAACCAGUGUCUUCUCUGACCAACGGAUGUGCACCGGCUAACCACACCCCGGCCCUGCCUUCCAUCAACCCACUCAGUGCCCUGCAGUCUGUCCUGAACAACCACCUGGGCAAAGCUACCGAGCCCUUGCGUUCCCCUUCCUGCUCCAGCCCCAACUCAAGCACAAUCCCCAUGUUCCAUAAGUCCAGUCUCAGCGUGGCAGACAAGCCAGUCAUAAGUCCCACCUCCACCAGGCCGGCCGCCAGCGUGUCCCGACACUACCUGUUUGAGAACACCGACCAGCCCAUUGACCUGACCAAGUCCAAAAGCAAGAGAGCAGAGUCCUCACAAGCACAAUCCUGCACGUCCCCACCUCAGAAGCAUGCUCUGUGUGACAUUGCCGACAUGGUCAAGGUCCUCCCCAAAGCCACCACCCCAAAGCCAGCCACUUCCUCCAGAGUCCCUCCUGUGAAGCUGGAAAUCGAUGUCAGACGCUUCGAAGAUGUUUCAAGCGAAGUCUCUACUUUGCACAAAAGGAAAGGCCGGCAGUCCAACUGGAACCCGCAGCAUCUUCUCAUUCUGCAAGCUCAGUUUGCCUCGAGCCUCUUCCAGACCUCAGAGGGCAAAUACCUGCUUUCUGACCUGGGCCCACAAGAGCGGAUGCAAAUCUCAAAGUUCACUGGACUGUCCAUGACCACGAUCAGCCACUGGCUGGCCAACGUCAAGUACCAGCUUAGGAAAACGGGUGGGACAAAAUUCCUGAAAAACAUGGACAAAGGGCACCCCAUCUUUUACUGCAGUGACUGUGCAUCCCAGUUCAGAACCCCCUCUACCUACAUCAGCCACUUAGAGUCUCACCUGGGCUUCCAAAUGAAGGACAUGACCCGGAUGGCAGCUGACCAGCAAAGCAAGGUGGAGCAGGAGAUCUCCCGGGUGUCAUCGGCUCAGAGGUCUCCAGAAGCAAUAGCUGGCGAAGAGGACACAGACUCUAAGUUCAAGUGUAAGUUAUGCAGUCGGACAUUUGUGAGCAAACACGCAGUAAAACUCCACCUAAGCAAAACGCACAGCAAGUCACCCGAACACCAUUCUCAGUUUGUAACAGACGUGGAUGAAGAAUAGUUCUGCAGGUAUGGGGUUUGCUCCCAGGUGACAUUGACCAUGGCCUUGUGAGGAACGUGUUAAAAGGAGAUAGGUCUGCUUAGAGGCAGAGGACGUCUCCCGAGGCCUCACAGGACCGUAGUUUGCUGCCAUAGACUUACUUUUACAAAAGACAGGACACGAUGAGUGGGUCCUAGUCAUCCCCCCCCCCACAUCCUCCUGUUUAGCGGGAAAGCAGGAUACAAUGUUUCUAAGAGAGAUGAAGCCCACGGUUGCUCACAGAGCUCCAGGACACGAUUCCCUUAGCAACCUAAGGCCCAACCUCCAAGGUCCAGCUUCCCCUCAUUUUAAUUAACAAGGACUAGAUUCCAUUUUGCCAUCUGCCUUCCCACAGCAAUGCGUAAUACUUACAGAGUGGGGAAGAGGUGGCACCAGAAUGAAGACGGUGGGGGAGGGGGACUUCCUAGGGGCCGUUAUAUACAGAGAUAGCUUAAUCAGUUCACGAAUGGCUUAAUGGUAUCUUUAUUAUCAGCCCUUGCAAUGAUACAUUUGGUAGCCUGCUUUUAUCGAUGGCUACCUCUGCGUUCCUUCUCUGUUUCCUUCCUACAUUCAUUUUCCUACAGAAGAGCAGGGACUCUUAAGGGGGAGCCAUCGGGAUCCACUCCUCUAUGGAGCAGGGAGAUGAAAAUGCCUUUCGAUUUUCUUUAGGAUAAACUCGGGAUCCGAGUCCACCUUUAACAAAGACAGAUCCGAAACAUCCCUGCGAGCUUAUUUCACAUAUAGAGAUGGAUAGUUGAAGCUUUGUGUAUGGUCAAGCGAGUAGGGUCCGUCCCACAGCUCCAAGAUAUUUUUAUUAAAUUGGGCUGCAGGUACACUUUGGUAGCAGAUUACUUACCCAGCAUACAUAAGGUCCUGGGUUCAAGCCCCAGUACCAAAAGGAGAAAAAAAUGAAUUCGUACCAUGUAUCAUACAACUUCAUGCCUUGCUUUCUUACCAAUGCCCAAGUCACUUAUGUCACCUCCAGGAGAAAGGACAGAGACCAAAGGCGAAUACUUUAUAGCAAAUUAGUCACGUAGGCUGCUUCUAAAUAUUGAGCUUUAAGCAAGGUUGGAUGUCAAAAAAAAACUCCUUCACAGGAUUCCUCUGCUUCCUCUUCUCUCCCCUCCAGCAUGACACGCCCACAUGCUAGGGACCCCAACACAUGUUCUGAUCGACCUCUGCCUGAGGCACCCCAACACAAGGGCCCAACAUGAACUAACCAUACUGUACUUUGCAGCCCAGCAUAUGCCCCACAGCAUUACGGAAUUGCUCUUAAUUAAUUCCCGACAAGGUGUGGAAAGCUUGUCGUCCCUCACCACCCCCUCUUCUCAAAGCUUUUACUUUUACACAGGAAACUUUUGGGUCAAGCUGUACAGGUGCAGAUGCUAAGGCAGUUCCAGAUAGACAGAGGUCCUGUAUGAUGCUCGGAGCGCUCCUCACAGAGCCAGAGAGCUUCCUAGUGGAAGGAUAGUCAAAAGGAAAGAGAAAUAAUGUGCUUGACUCGAGACUCUUCCCUCCAGGUGGAAAUCCAUGCUUCUGAUUUGGGUGGGCCCCCGAGAGGGCUACCCCUACUGUUUGCAUGCCUUUAUCAUGAUAAUUAAAUGUUCCGGGCAGAUUCACCUCCGGGUUUCUGAGCAUGACUGUACAUCUUACCUUAUUGAAUGGAAGGCUAUUUUGCAACUGUUGAGCUCUGGGUUCUGCCACAUGCUAUUUAUUUACCAUAUCACAUUUUAAAUUUUUAUGUAAUUAGCCAUUAUGCUCUUCUGGUCCUUAAGGAAAAAAAAAAAAAGGUGGACAUACAUAAAAAAAU